AUGUAUCGUUGGUGGAGGGUUGCAAUAAUCAGGACCGUGUUGUUUUGUGUGAUUAACUCUCCAUUUCUGUAUCUGUUUAUCCAAGGGUAUCACAGGUAUGUGUUGGCUGCUGAGAAACACACGGAUUUGACUAGAUUAGUCCAUGAUGGAAUUUCCGUUAAUUGGACGGCCACUCAGCAAUGGAGGAAGGUUUUACUAAGGAAAACCUGCAAACAUUUAAAGAACACUCUUUCUGAGUUUAGUAUGGCAAAGGUCUGUGUGGAAGAUCACCACAAGCUUCUGAUGUGCGCAACUCCUAAAGUAGGCUCUUCCACUUGGAAAACACUGUUUCUAGUUUUAAGCGGCAGAUACAAUUCGUCAUCUGAGAUGGGCACGCGAUCAGAUGUUCAUGGAAACAUGCCAUGUUACAUCAUGUCAGACGAACGCUGGGACCACUACAAAGACUAUACAUCAUUUUUAUUUGUAAGACACCCCUUCUCAAAAUUACUGUCUGCUUACAAAGACAAAAUUACCCCUAUGGGCAGUCAAAUGGAGGGAUUUGCUAAAAAUACAAUAAGACAUAUAUUACGAACAUACAGAAAGAUUAAAUCACCGAUAAUUAAAAACACUGAGUCAGAAUACAACGUAACAUUUGAAGAAUUCGCAAUGUAUGUGGCAGGUACUAGAGAUGACCCCUUGAGCAUGAACAGGCACUGGAUACCACAAUACCUAAACUGCGAUGUGUGUAGUAAGAAAUUUGAUGUCAUUGGAAAACUCGAAACCUUCACAGAGGACAGUAUACAUAUACUGGAAAGGGUUCACGCCAAAACAAAUUUAAAUUUCACACCGACAACGUCAUUAAGCACUAAUGUUCAGAGCUCGGGCGAUGAAUACAUACUGGAAUACUUCAAGCAUCUGAAUUCUACACUUGUAAAACAACUUUAUGAACUAUACGAAAUGGAUUUUAAGCUUUUUGGAUAUAAAUAUCCAGAGUAUUUGCUAAGUUCAUAA